AUGAGUUCAGACGAACAAAAUGAGGAGAAACAACAGCGUCGAAGCACUCCUUAUACUGAAAAAAUUCAGGAACCUCCACAGCGUAAUCCACCAAUAGUAUAUAAACCAUUAAAGCCUAAAGAUUUUUUCGAAAAGUAUCGUGAUGAUAUUACCAGCAGAGUUUACAAAGUUUGGCCUAAAGUUGAGAAGAACUUCACAUUAGAACCAUUCCAAGCAUCAUUUCGUUAUUAUGACUAUGGUGGUCAAUAUCUUUUUAUGUGUGAUUUACCUGACGGACGACCAACAUAUAUAACAAUUACCGAAUCAUUUGAAGUAGAAGAUGGAGAACUAGCUAAUGAUGAUGAAGAACGACGACGACGACUAUGCAUUAGUGUUAGCUGA